UCAUAAUUUAGUGAUGAAAUUUAUGUGUGUUAUCAAACUGAUUCUUUUUUGCCUACCACUCGCAAACUCACUUCAAAUUGAACGACAAAAGACUGGAGAUAAGCUUACUAAUGGGAGUACGUGUGAAAAUGGAACUUACGUUAUGAAAGAAAGCGCGAUGCAAACUAUAAAAUGUGUUAAAUAUAUGCAUCAAGCAGGCUGUGAAUGGAUGUUUUAUUUAUGGCCUGAUCAGUUUAUUGGAUUUGUUCCGAGAAAUGCAUUUAAAAGAAGUUUGAGAGUGACAUUACCGCAGAAGACGUCCUAUCCAAACGGAACAAAUUGUAGUAAUCACACAGCUGGAAGAAUAGAUGUUCAAAGCGUAAACGUAACAACAUCAUCAGUUUGGGAUUCGUACAUGGGCGAAAAAGUGAAAAAAACCUUGACUUAUCAAUUUAAUUAUGCGAAACAAUUUGUUGAAAUAGGUUUCAAAAAACACUGGGAUGGAAUGUUAAUCAAGCUUUUUAUAAAUUGCUUGGAUGAUACAGGGAAGAAUAUCUUAAACUACUCUGCGACAAGAUGUGUGAUGAUUAAAUAUGAAGGAAAUGCUUCGUAUCUAACCGCAUUACCAAAAACAUCUGCUUCGGUAACACUAAGAAAUAAUCUGACCACGGCAGCCACAUCAACGACAUUAUCGACAGAACCAACCUUCAUCAAUUCAAAACUAAACGAUACUGAAAGUAAAGAUUCAAACGAUCUUAUUAUUGCAAUUAUUAGUGGCGUCGCAGGUGUCCUCUUAAUUAUUAUAAUCGUCUUGUUGGUUUUACGUAGAAGAGGAAAAAGAAGAAAGUACCCACGACCAGCAAAAAAUGAGAAAAUCAUUACUAGUAACCAGCAAAAUAAUCCAACAUAUCAUGCAGAGAGUGAUGCUCAUCUGACACCAACUAACUGUAACAAAACCCAAAUUGAUGAAAAAGUUAUAGAAUUCAAACAUGAAACACCAGAAUAUGCUGUGGUUGAUAAGGUCAAGCAUGGAUCUGCGGAAGAAUCAUUUACUUAUGACUCAGUUGAAAAAUCAGGACAUAAAGCAGUAAGUCAAUCUAACGAACAAGAUUAUUACUCUGUACCAAUAAUCAAAUGUAUGGCGGAUGAUUUUCACCAUGAUGAUUCAUCCUUGUACUACGAAGCAGCUGCUGCUGCACCGCCAGUAGUGUUGGAUGAAUAUGCUGUUGUAGACAAGUCCAGAAAGGUACAUCCAGAGAAUCCCUACAGUUUUAGUUGAAUGCCAAAUUAAGUAAUCCAGCUGUAUGAUUCGGAAUAAUUGUGUCAAAUCACAAAUUUACACGAUCACUAUAUAUUUCUUGAGAAGUGAGUAGUUGUUUUAACAGUGAACAUUUGGAGUAGCGAUUUUAAGCUGAAUGACUAGAUAUAUAUCUUUCCAUGCUUAGUUUAUAACAUAUGAUGUUUGGCGUACAUAGUUAAUUAUUUUAGUACCCCAUUAAAAAUUAUUUUUAGGUAAUAUCUAUUUUUAGGUAAAUAUUUUCAUAUGUGUUGCAAAUUUAUAAAUAUCUCACGCUUCAACACCUUUUAUCGAAAAUCAAGAAUGGGCGAGAAGCAUCCAUUUUUAACCUUUUAUUCAUAAUCGCGUGUGAUAAUGUGAUGAUUGAAUCUGAUGUAAGUCAACCUUGAAAGAUUAUAAGUCUGCACUAUUAAUUGAAAGAAGGUGAUAGCUAAAUACAAUGGGCGUUUUAACCAUGUCAUGUUUCUUUUCUUACACUAUAUAGAUAAAGUACCUCAAAUUGCCUUUAUUUCAUGUUUUUCGUUUGCAUUAAGCCAUUACCUUUCAGAAAACUUAACGGCAAGUAGAUAUGAUAUGUUUCGGCACAGACGCACACAGAAAACUAGUCGUGUAAUACACAGAAUACAUCCUUACGUAAUACUUAAAAUACCAGAUGAUGUAAUAAGCAGAAUACUAGUCGUGUAAUACACAGUACACAGAACAUCACCAUGUAACAGAGAAUAA